AUGGAUCGUGCGCUGCGUCUGCAACAGCAACUUUUCAUGAGCGAGUUCGUGCAGCAGGUGGUCUCGAACCAAGACUCGCCGUCUCACUUCGUCCCCCGAGUCAAGCCCGGCAGCGACAACAACCAACGCUCUAGAUCCAGGUCCAAGCCGUACUGGGCCACGAGCGCAGUCUCCCCAGGCAUCGAGAAGCUGCUGCAACGCCAGCGACGAGCUCCCUCUGCGUCAAAGUCCCGACCUACUUCAGCUUCCACCAAACCCGUCCACCAGCCCCGUUCCUCUCGAGCCCCGGUAGCAACUUCCACGAAGCCCCUCCUCCAGCCCCGUUCUUCUCGAGUUACUCAACGGAAGCCCCCACCGUCUCCUCCCCCGCGUCGCCAGCUCGACAACGACCAGCACCUCGCGUGGGCUGCGCGCAUCAGCGAGCUGUACCGACCAACCGUCGAGCAGUAG